AUGGCACCUGUUCUUCUCGUGUUGCUUCUCUUCAUCUCCUCCUCCUCCGCUGCUGGUAAGCAUGAAGACCCUACGAGGAAGACGAUGGAGGAAUUCUCGGGGUUUCAAUCUCCGGCCAAUCCUUUCGUAUCCGACUCCUCGAACUCUCUCUUCGUCGACAUUGAGAGCUUACAGCGGCAGGUUUGGAUCCCAAACUACCGCUGACGGAUUCUGGUUCUGGUAUCCAAAGAUUGAAGUGGUCUUUGGCCGUGCGGAUUUUUAUUCAACUCGUAACAUUUGCUCGAAAUUAUCUGUAGAUAGAUGAGCUCUCAACAUUCUCUGAUACACCAGCCCCGACGGUGACCCGCAUCUUGUUCAGCGACAAGGACGUACUGGCUCGAAAGUGAGGCCAUGACUCCCUAUCUUUUGCAUUUUUAUCCUUUUCUUCGAAAUUAAAGGUUCUCAGUUUAUCAGAUUCAUGGAGAUCGAGGUUCAUCCUGUCUCAUAAUGAAAAAUAGAAAAGAAGUAACAGAUCAGUCAUGCUGAUUUUCUGUUCUACCGUUUCAUACGCAUAAUCAAGUAUUUUUUUUGUGUAGUCAAAGAAAAUGAAGAAAGUUUGCAUAAUAAAAACAUACUACGACGAGGAUUUUGUGAACAUGAAUUACCUGGAACAGCACCAUACGUAUGUGAUUGGGAGUAUUCCUUUUCAAUGUUCAGAGAAGCUUCCCCCAUUAACUUGCCAUUCUGUUAAAAAUCGAUAAUGGCUCGAAUGAUAGAAAAUGUGGCUAUUUGGUUACAUAAUUUGAAUGAAAAUUAGUACUCUUUUGUGACAUACCCAUCCAGAUAAUUAUUGGAUUCUUUUAGCUCUCUCUCUCUCUCUCUCUCUCGCUUGCUCGCUCGCUCUCAUUCAUAGCUCAUUGUCAUCUGGGUCAUGGCUGCUUGACUCCAUAAAAAAUUUAUCCAUCAAUUAGUACUUUUAGGGGAAGGUCUGUGUCUGACCAUUUGCUUAUAACUUUUCUUCAUUUAAUUAUUUUUUAUUAUGCAACCUUCACUCUCAGGAUAUUCGCAACAUUACAGUUGCCCUUCCUAUUCGUUAAUGUUUUCCCAGGACCAUUAUUUACGGUUUUCCUUUAAAUAAAUCUCUUUCAGAGCAUCCUUUAUCUCCUCAUGACAAAAACAGUUUGUUUGCCACUGCAGGUACAUAAAAAGCAUCAUGUGCCAGUUGGGUCUAUCCGUUCGUGAGGAUGCUGUUGGAAACAUUUUUGCUCGAUGGUAGGACGGGAGCACUGCUGCUAUCAUCAUCUAUUUUCACGUCUUAUAUCAUCACAUACUCUUCCCUUUGAAUCACGAUGGAUCUAUAACUGCUAAAUUAUGCCUUGUAGAACUGGCUGCAUUGGGAAAAUGCUAUUUACUCGAUUUAAUUAUAUUUUUGGAAUCGGAUUAAAGCUAAAAUUUAGCGGUUCUUCGUUUGGUGAUUGUGAUGAGAAUCUGUAUUCAGGCAUCGUCCUCUGUAUUUAAUGUAUUAAAUUGAACAAUAGUCUUAGUGAAUAAAUAUGGUUUCAUUGCUCGUGAUAUCCUCUACAGGGAAGGAUACGAAGCAGAGCUCCCCGCCGUGGCCACGGGCUCUCAUAUUGAUGCGAUUCCCUAUUCAGGAAAAUAUGAUGGAGUGGUGGGCGUUUUGGGAGCUCUUGAAGCGAUUAGUGUUCUGAAAAGGUCUGUAAAUUUUACAGUUAUUUAAUAGGAAAAGCAAUGUUUGAUGAUGAAACAUCUGGAAUUCUUUAUUCAUUGCGAGCUCAUUUCUGUCUCAGAUUAAUUAUUCCCAUGCGGUUUAAAAUAAUUCAACGAAUUGAUUUAUUCAUUCGGUUUAAGAAAUCAUUUUUUUUCAGAAAAGAAUUCACAUUUUCACUUUUAUUUGAAGGUAAAUAAGGAUUAUUUUAAGAUCACACUGGUCGAUCACAGAUUGAUGAAAUACAUAACAAUAAGUGAUUGAUAUGGCCUAAUUAAAUCAGUUAGUCCAUGUCAAAUAUCUUGGGACAAGAUAGUUCUCCUCUGCAAAAGGAUCAGAUCUUGUAUUUUUGAGAAAAUUCUUGUGCAUUUUUGAGCUAAGACAUUUAUUCCUGUAGAUCUCCAGAAAGGUUGAUACCCAAAGGUGCUCUUUUCACAGGUCUGGAUUUCAGCCCAAGAGAUCACUGGAGGUGAUCUUGUUCACCUCUGAGGAGCCCACGCGCUUUGGGAUCAGCUGCUUGGGAAGGUGAGACCAUCCGAUCACGGCUUCCCUCAGCAAGUAUAUGCUUAAUCACCUCUCCAUGACUUUCUUGAAAUCUGGUAGCCGCCUACUUGUGGGGAGUGAGCAGCUGUCAGAGGGCCUCAAGGAGGCAGUCGAUGGUCAGAACACAUCCUUCCUUGAUGCCGCGAGAUCUGCCGGGUAUGCAGAGGACCAAGAAGACAACCUUUUUAGUAGUGUAUUUCUCAAGAAGGGCCAUUACUUUGCUUUCCUGGAGUUGCACAUAGAGCAGGGUCCCAUUCUGGAAGAGGAAGGUCGGCUUUUCACCAUGCCCAUAAUAAUUUUCCUUAAUCAUCUAGGCCAUCUAGUUAUUUUCGAUAUCUAGGUGUCUCCAUUGGGAUCGUGACCGCCAUUGCUGCCCCUGCGAGCAUCAAGGUUGACUUCGAAGGUGGUGGGGGCCACGCAGGUGCUGUCCUCAUGCCAGCCAGGUAUAUGUUUACAUGUCAAGAAUCUCCCUGACCUUCCAUGAAUCAUCACAUUAUCUUGCUUUCAUUUAAUGGAAUUCAUGUAGAUGAGAUUUGUAUUGUGGUCCUUUUGCAUCAUAACUUCAAUUUUAUUUUUGGAUUCCCUACCGCACAGAAAUGAUGCUGGGUUAGCAGCUGCCGAAUUAGCUCUGGCUGUUGAAAGACACGUUCUGGCUUCUGGAUCAGUGGAUAGCGUUGGUACAAUAGGUACUUUCUUGUGCUGAUUUUUGCAUGAAAUUCAACUUGGGGAUUUUCUCGCUCAUCUUCUCUCUCUCUCUCUCUCUCUCUCUCUCUCUCUCUCUCUCUCUCUCUCUCUCUCUCUCUCUCUCUCUCUCUCUCUCUUCCUCUCUCUCUAGAUAUAUAUACAUAUAUGGAUAUAAAUACAUAUCUAACUGGAUUUUAUCUAAUCUGAAGGAAUCUUGGAGCUACAUCCAGGAGCAGUCAAUAGUAUACCAAGUAAAUCGCAUUUAGAAAUCGGUAUGAUUGGUGUUCUAUCUCGUGGCUAAUCUGGUUUUUGCCAUUUUGGGUUUAUUUUCUGAUUAUUUUUUUUAUCUCAUUAAAGUAUACUCUCGACUUUAUCGAAUUUAAGACCUUAUAUCUUAGGAAUUUCAUAUUGUUAACGUUCAGAUACGCGAGACAUUGAUGAGGAGAGGAGGAAUAAGAUAGUUUCUGGCAUCCACCAGUCUGCUGUUGAGAUUGCUGAAAGACGCAGAGUCAAGCUGUCCUCGUUCAAAAUUGUUAACCAGGAUCCGCCUGCCAGCUCUGAUGAAUUGGUGAUUAAUGCGAUGGAAAUGGUCUCUCAAAAGCUUAAUCUCACCCACAAGUUAAUGAUCAGCAGGGCUUAUCAUGAUUCUUUGUUCAUGGCCAGGUAGAAACAAAAAAAAUUAAAAAAAUACUUUUUUUAGAAAUUAAUCUUGAAGAAUGUUAGUUUUUAAUGAUUAUUUAUUUCUAAAUGACUGUCAUUAUCAUCGUCAUCUUCGUCACAUUAUAAUCCGUGCUAGUUAAUUCUGGUUUGAUCUUGUCUGCAAAUAUUACCUAUUUUCUCUCAUAUUAAAACCUCCUUUUCAUGGGAUAUUUCGAUGGUUGACUAAUGUGACUCAUGGCCUCAAUCUGCAGAAUCUCUCGCAUGGGCAUGAUUUUUAUUCCCUGCUUCAAAGGUUCACACAGAUCUCUGGAGAUGAUUUCCUUCCAAAACUAGAAACUUCCUAUGCCAUGAACCUCAAGCCUUACUUUUGCUUGUAACGGCUGUUGAUGCAGGUUUCAGCCAUAAACCUGAAGAGUAUGCUUCCCCCGUUGACAUUGCUAACGGGGUCAAGGUACUGGCUUUGACCCUGGCCAAGCUAUCUCUGGAGUAG